AUGGCCAUUUGUCAGUUUUUCCUUCAAGGCCGGUGCCGCUUUGGAGAUCGGUGCUGGAAUGAACAUCCCAGCACCAGGGGUGCGAGCGGGGGACGACAACAACCUCAGCACCAGCCCUCAGGAAUUAACAGACGUGGAUGGGAUGCCACUAACCAGAGAUACUCCAGUGUGAUCCAGCCAUCCAGUUUCUCCACAUCUACACCACGCGGGGCUCCUGGCCACCAGGAAGGAACUGUAAAAGAUAUGGAGGUUUGGGAAUCAUCAGGGCAGUGGAUGUUUUCUGUUUAUUCACCAAUGAAAAACAAACCUAAUAUUUCAGGUUUUACAGACAUUUCCCCAGAGGAGUUGAGGCUUCAGUACCAUAACUUCUUAACCAGCAAUAAUUUACAGAGUUAUCUAAAUUCUGUCCAACAGUUAAUAAAUCAGUGGAGGAACAGGGUAAAUGAAUUAAAAACUCUAACUACAUCAACCAAAAUAACUUUGCUCUCGGGUAUAAAAGAUAGAGGCAAUCAAGCAGCACCUGCAUUGGGAUUUGGCUGUGGGCAAGCCCCAACAGUUGGGUCAGCAGGUUUUCCAGUGAAUAACAACAGCCAGGAUAAUGCUCAGAAUUUUAGUUUUAAACCAAGCUCUGGAUUUGUCAUGGCCUCUUCUGGAAACCCUUCGGUGUUCGGGAGUCCUCCAGCAUUUGGAGCUGCACCCUCUGCCAAUUCUGCCAUCACUGCUUGUGCUCCAGCAUUUGGAUUUGGGAAACCUGGAAUCAUAUCUCCUACUUCAUUUUCAUUUAAAAGUUCUGCAGCUUCUGGUUUUGGAUCACCCGGAUUUUCAGCAUUUCCAGCUUCCUUGGCAGGAGGCCCUGUAGGAGCUCCAGCAGCGACAGGCUUCGGAAGCAGUGGUUCUGUGGCUUCCUUUGGUAGCCCGGGCUCACAGUCUAACACUGCUUUUUCUAAGCCAUCAAAUAACAUGUUUGGAAAUAGAAACAUAGCCACUUCUCUCCCAGUCCCAAAUGGCUGCAUCACAACAGAUAAUAUAUUAUUCACACCCAGGGAUCAAUUAACAGCAGAAGAACUCGAACAAUUUCAAUGCAGGAAAUUUACUCUGGGAAAAAUUCCAUUAAAGCCACCACCUGUGGAGCUUUUAAAUAUUUAG